AUGCCAACAGAUCGUUCGCGAAGAGAAGACGGAUAUCGUCGACGAAGAUAUGACAGAGACUAUGACAGGGAAAGACGACGAAGCGGUGAUUAUGACUCAGCGCGGAGAACUUCGGAGUCUAUGGAACGUGACGAAAAGGAGGAAGAGAGAGAAGAGCAUUUAAAGAGUGGAGAGAACGGAGCCAAUAAAAGUAAUGGUGGCGAGAAGCCUGAUAAACGAGACCAGAAUCAACAAGACCAGGAACAAGAGCAACAAUCAAAGGAAGAGCCACCUAAGAGAAGAGUUCCGGUUUCGUUGGAGGAGAUACUACAGAAGAAAGAAACAGAGAAAAAGGAACUCGAUCGACGUCGUAAGCAAGAAGAAGAGCGUAAACAGCAAGAGGAAUUUCAGCGUCGGGCUAUGGAAGAGGCACGGCAGAAUGGUACAAGCCGGGAUAGAAGAGAUUAUUAUGAUAGAUACGAUCGCGAUAGGCACGAUAGAUAUGAUAGAGACCGUAGCAAGCUGAGAGAUGUUCCUGACAAACGGCCACCACCCGAAAAGAAAGAAGAAGAACAAUUAAUGAAUGAGCGACUGGAGGAGAAAGAAUUACAGGCGAUAAGGGAGCGUUAUAUGGGUGGUGAACGCAAGAAACGUAAAAUACGUAAAAUGAACGAGAAAAAAUUUGUCUUCGACUGGGACGCAGGAGAAGAUACGUCGCAAGACUUUAACCCGCUGUACGCAAGUAGGCACAGCGCGCAAAUGUUUGGAAGGGGACAUUUUGCAGGGAUAGAUAUUAAGGAGCAGAAGAAAGAGAGAGCAGCCUUUUAUUCCCAGCUGCUGGAGGAGAGGAGGACAGUGGAUCAAAAGGACCGGGCUGAAGAGAGAAUGGAAAUAGAUAGGCGGAAAGAGUUGAAGAAUAUGUGGGAUGAUAGACACUGGUCAGAAAAACCGUUGUCAGAAAUGAAAGAACGUGAUUGGCGUAUAUUCAAGGAAGACUUUAAUAUUACGACGAAAGGUGGUAGUAUUCCAAAUCCAAUCAGAUCUUGGGAAGAAUCCAACCUUUCAGAGCGGAUUAUUAAGCUCAUUAAUUCCAUCGGAUAUACAUCUCCAACGCCUAUUCAGAGACAGGCUAUUCCUAUCGGAUUGCAGAAUAGAGAUAUUAUUGGAAUUGCAGAAACAGGUAGCGGUAAAACCGCCUCAUUUGUUAUCCCAAUGCUAGUUUACAUUUCCGAUUUACCUCGCUUGUCGGAGGAAAACAUGGCCGAUGGUCCUUAUGCUUUGAUCCUUGCUCCAACACGCGAGUUGGCCCAACAAAUUGAACAAGAAACUCUCAAAUUUGCAGCUCCCAUGGGAUUUAAUUGUGUGUCGAUUGUUGGUGGGCAUGCAGUAGAGGAGCAGGCUUUCAAUUUAAGGAACGGAGCAGAGAUUAUUAUUGCUACUCCAGGAAGAUUAAAAGAUUGUUUAGAUCGAAGAAUAUUAGUGCUCAAUCAAUGCACGUAUGUUGUCAUGGAUGAAGCUGAUCGAAUGAUAGAUAUGGGCUUUGAAACAGAUGUCAAUACAAUAUUGGAUGCAUUGCCUGUGUCAAAUGUUAAGCCAGACACAGAAGAUGCUGAGAAUCCGAGUGAGAUGUUGAGAAAAUUGGGACAGAAAGAGAGAUAUCGGCAGACUGUUAUGUUUUCAGCUACUAUGCCACCUGCCGUUGAGCGAUUGGCUAAGAGAUAUCUGAGACGACCUGCAGUUGUUACAAUCGGUACUGCUGGUCAGGCUGUAGAUACUGUCGAACAGAAAGUGGAGAUGAUUAAUGAUGAAGGCAGAAAGAAGGGACGCCUUCUUGAAAUUUUGUCUGGAGCAUUUGAUCCACCAAUAAUUAUUUUCGUUAAUCAGAAGAAAGGAUGCGAUGUACUUGCAAAGGCGCUCAAUAAACUUGGGCAUCGAGCCACUACUCUUCACGGUGGCAAAACGCAAGAACAAAGAGAGGCUGCUCUGGCUCAUUUGAAGAAUGGAACGAUGGACAUUUUAGUGGCUACGGAUGUUGCUGGACGCGGUAUUGAUGUGAAGGAUGUUUCGUUAGUCAUAAAUUAUGAUAUGGCAAAGAAUAUUGAAGACUACACUCACCGUAUCGGCCGUACUGGUCGUGCGGGUAAAUCCGGGAUAGCAAUAACAUUCCUUUCCAAUUCUGACGCUGACGUGAUGUAUGACCUCAAACAAAUGAUUAUGAAAUCGCCAAUAUCGCGUGUUCCUCCCGAGUUGGCAUCACAUCCUGCAGCAAUGGCUAAACCAGGCACAUAUACUCAGAAGCGUAAACAUGAGGAGACAAUAUUUCAAUAA